AUGUCUGUUGCCCUGUGUCGAAGCUUGUUUUCGGAGUAUCCGCAUAUCAAGAUUCAGCAUGUCGAUGUCGAGUCUUGCCUUGAUCAGGGUACGAUGCACCGCAUAUCUGGAGCAGUGCUUAGUCUUUUGCGUUCAGAAAAACCGUCUGCCGACAUUCUCUGGUCAUUCGAGCCUGAGUUGAUCUUGGAGGACGAAAAAUGGUAUAUUCCUCGACUCUUGCCAGAUGAAAAGCCGAACCAGAGACUUACUUCCACCACGAUGGAUUUGCAGUCUGUGCCCUGCAUCCAAGCCGCAGAACAGACGCCAUUGACAACCAUUAAUGUGACCAAGUCACUUCUCCAUCCUGUCGCCACAGAAGGCCCAAAGAGUGUAUCCUCUUCUACGGUCUUGGCCACUGCCAAUGCAUCUUCGGUUUCUGUUUCAGAGCACUUUGUAUUUGACUUGCCGGAGGUUGUGGCCGACGGCGCUGCGGUUUUGCAGCGAGUAGCAUUUUCCGUGCUCGCUGAGAAGUUUCUCUUCAGCUGUCUAGCAGGCUGCAGCCAGGCUGGGUUUAAUGUGCAUUUCUACGACUUCCCAGAAGCAACCUCCAUCGCUUUCUUCGGCUUCGCCCAGAAUUACGCCAGCUUGGUGGAUUCCUGCCGCAAGGCUAUAACUGAGAUGGUUCGCGUCGAAGAAUUGCCAAUCGAUGUAGCUAGGGCAUUCAAGAGACCAACCUAUAAUAGAACUCUGGAUGAUGUGAAGGGAGUGGUGCAGAAUGGCAGAUACGUGGAAGGUUCACGAUAUCUUUAA